GCCCCCGCCCCCGUUCCCCCCUCCCCCCGCCCUCCGAGGUGGCACCUGCGCAGGAGUCUGAGACCUCCUUUUCCAGAGUUCCAGAAUGGAGACUGAAGGGUACCUAGAGACACAAAGAAGUAAAGAAGUCCAGAAUGAUAAAAUAGGGUCACCUUCAAAUGAGAUGAUGGCUGAGGAGCCACAAGUUGUCCUAAUAUCAGCUCCCCAGGUCCAGGCUCCACCAGAGCACCUCGAUGCAGACUCAGUUGAAGAUGUGGAGACCAUGCCACGAAGGAAUCCUCCCAAUGCGGCAGCCUCUAGGCAGAGGUUCCGGAGAUUCCGCUAUGAGGACGCAGCUGGGCCCAGGGAUGUCCUCAGACAUCUCCAGGAGCUUGCCGGACAGUGGCUGAGACCCGAUAUUCACACAAAGGAGCAGAUUGUGGAGAUGCUGGUGCAGGAGCAGUUCCAGGCCGUCCUGCCUGAGGAGCUCAGAGCUCGGGCCCAGAGAUGUCAGCCUGGGGUCAGAAUCACUGGCUAAGUUCUGCCACUGGGUUCUUGCUCAGCCUACAGGUCACCCGGGCUUUCUGUGUGUGGAGAACUGUCCUUUGGUUGACCACUGAGACAGAGCAGUCUAGCUGUGGUGGUGACAAGCACAGAGUAAACUUAGCAGCUGCUUCUCUUCAGUGUAACCCAGUCUCGAGUAACCUUUCUGCCUCUGGCCUGGCUCCUGAUAUGUACAUCUGCUCCUGGAACCAUCUAGGUGCCAAUUCAGAAACUAAUUUUUGGUAGAGGGACGAGUUAGCUCUAAACUGGAACUCUUGUUGAUUUUGCUGGUGUCUUAAUACUUCCUGUGCCUUUGGAAUGGGUCUAGAUGUGAGAAUACAAAUAUAAAGCCCAGUAUAAAGGAAAUGUAUAGUUUUUGAAGAGAGAGGAAGACCUUGAAUUAUAUGAGUAGGAUCAUUAAUAAAACUAGUCUUUUGGUAUUUGAUUUGGAGAUAGCACAAAGAAAACACUUUUUUCUUUUCUUUAAUUUAUUUGAGAGAGAGAAAGGGGUAGGAGCAGUGGGAGAGGGAUAAGCAGACCCCACUCCCACUUGGGGGGGGCUCUAUCCAAGGACCCUGAGAUCACUACCUGAGCUGACAUCAGAUGCUUAACUGACUGAGUCACUCAGGCUCCCCAAAACCCAUUUCCUAUUUUAAAAAGUACAUUAGAAGCAGAGGAGAGAAGAAAUAGCCAAGUUAGGGAAGUGAGGUUUUUGGGGUUUUUUUUUGUGUGUGUUUUUUUUUU